GUUGCAAUAAUCCAAUAGCGAUCAAAUCGAGAGUCAGUCAAGCUGAUCGGUGAAACAGUUAUGAAAAGUGUCCAAUCAAUUUGAACGUAAGUAAUUGUUGGUGCAAAAGGUGUCCCACUAAUCAUUCAUUAUGUAAUAUCGUUUAACCUUCAUCCAAUCCUGGUCUUAAGCUUAUUGAUUGAUUUUUAUCCUUACGAAUUUAUUUACGUGAUUUCCGUUUGGUUAUUUUUUUAACAAAAAUGAUUGCUUAUGCUAAUAGAUAAGGUACAAUAAUAACGUCUAAUAUACACCAAAAUUAAUAUCCACGCCUUUGAUACCUAACCUAAGUUGAACUGAAAAUUGUCACAAAGUGAAACCCAAAAUUGAUCAGAUAAUCGUAAUAACUUCAAAACAAAUAGAGUUAGUAAAGCUAAGGUAAACUCCUUUGAAACACGUGUAUAACCGCCCAAAGUGGAAAGACAAAUUGUGGUGGAAAAACGGAUAAAAACAGGAAAAGUCGGGUUAACUGUCAUCAGUCAGCAUCCGUUAGGUGAACAACAAGGAUUUACCGUUUCCGAAGUGAAAGUUGAAUUUGUAAACUUAUUUUCAGUUCAUUUAUUUAUUGUAAACCAUUCGUGUUUCCAUCGACAGUCAAUCACCAACUAAGCCAAUCACCAAGAGCCAUGUCACAGUUAUCAAUUGUCAUUUUAUUGUGUUGUCUCGCUGUUCAAACUUUCGCCUAUUUUGACCACGGUUAUGGACAUGGUCAUGGAGGUGGAGGUGCUUCCAAAGUUUUCCAAAAACAAGAUGGCAAAGGGAAUUACGCUUUUGGUUACAACGUUCUUGAUCCUAAAGGCGCUUCAAACUAUCGUGAGGAAUCAGGUGAUGCUUGGGGUAACAAGGCUGGCUCCUAUGGGUUAAAGGAUAAAGAUGGACGUCUCCGAAUUGUUCACUAUGUUGCUGACAAGAAUGGUUUCCGUGUCAAGAUUGAUUCCAACGAGCCUGGUGUUGCCAGUGUUGACUCAGCACACGCCAAAUUCAAUGGUCCUGAUCACCAUGGGUCAAAAGUAGCUCACGUAGUUCACCACCAAAAGCCUUACCAUAACAAACACCACGAAUCUCACUAUGAUGACCAUUCAUCCAUUCCAGCGGUUCCCGCUUUACCUGCCAUUCCACAUGUUGACCAGCCAAUCCAUCCAAGGAAAGAAAAAUCAGACGAUUUCGAAGUAGAUAUUCCUGCUUUAGGUGAUAUCCUUAACUAAACUCACACUCUAACCUUCUGGAUGUAUAGUUGACCCUCUCUUAUGUCACUAGGUGGCAUUACCUCUAUAUUGAUAUUGAUUCAUGUUUGAUAUUUAUAUUUAUAUUAAUAUAUUGCAAACAUUUAUAUUGUAUUUAACUAACAUUGCAUUGUUAAUAUUGAUAGUUGACAAUAAAAAUCGAAUUGUCCUUUGAAAUUAAUGUUCUCAUAAGGAAUCAAAA